CAAAACAGGGAAAGCAAGCAAAUAAGACACUUGUAAUCAAAGCCCCAGAGUCUGGAAGUGACAGGGAGGAGGCAGAUCUUCCCAGGCACAGGCUCUGCCACUUAACAUGCCGCCCCAAAUAAAUCAGGGGGGCAGCUGAUGAGGUGACAUGCAACUCCAAAGCAAGAAUAACCUGUCUACUUAGAGGAAGUGUCACCUAGAAGGACAAUCCAGAUCUCUGCUGAUCAGUGACACAAGUCACGUCUCUUCUUUUUUUCCUUCUGUGUAUUUUUGAGAGUAUAGAGGGGACACAGGAACGCCAUGUACAGGCAAAACUGGGAGCAGAUGGCACUUUGAUCUGAAGAUGGCGUAUAUACAGUUGGAGCCAAUAAAUGAGGGUUUUCUGUCCAAAAUCUCGGAUCUGCUGCUGUGCCGAUGGACAUGCAGAAACUGCUGUCAGAAGUGUUAUGAUUGCACCUGCUGCCAGUCAAGUGAAGAUGAAGUGGAGAUCCUGGGACCCUUUCCUGCACAAACACCAUCAUGGCUGAUAAAUCAUCGCAGUGAUGAAAAGGAAGGAGAUUCAGACAAUACAACAACAAGCGAGCCACCUCCAACACCACAGGAGACCUCCCCAGAUAGAAGAAGAUCAUCUUCAGAUACGUCUAGAUCUACGUAUAGCCUCACCAGGCGCAUUUCAAGUUUAGAAUCUAGAAGACCCAGUUCUCCAUUAAUUGAUAUAAAACCAAUUGAGUUUGGUGCAUUAGGAGCAAAAAAAGAGAUUGUACAACCAACAGUGCUAAGGAAAAUAUACACCCCAGAAGACUAUUUUAGGAAGUUUGAACCUCAUUUAUAUCCUGUUGAUCCCAGUAAUGAUGAUGUAGAUUCAUUAACUGAUGAUGAAAUUCUAACCAAGUACCAAUUAGGUAUGCUGCAUUUUAGUGUUCAGUAUGACCUUUUGCACAAUUAUCUGACUGUCAGGGUGAUUGAGGCCAGAGACUUGCCACCUCCAAUAUCUUACGAUGGGUCUAGACAAGACAUGGCUCAUUCAAACCCGUAUGUGAAGAUAUGUCUAUUGCCAGACCAGAAGAACUCUAAACAAACUGGUGUCAAGCGUAAGACCCAGAACCCAGUAUAUGAGGAACGAUAUACUUUUGAAAUUCCAUUUUUAGAAGCCCAAAGAAGAACAUUGCUGCUAACUGUUGUGGACUUCGACAAGUUCUCCAGACAUUGUGUUAUUGGGAAAGUGUCAAUGCCAUUGAGUGAAGUUGACCUUGUAAAAGGAGGACACUGGUGGAAGGCCAUCAUACCAAGCUCUCAGAAUGAAGUCGAGCUGGGAGAGCUGCUUCUGUCGCUUAAUUACCUGCCAAGUGCUGGAAGAUUGAAUGUGGAUAUUAUCAGAGCAAAACAACUUCUUCAGACUGAUAUGAGCCAGGGAUCUGAUCCUUUUGUGAAGAUUCAGUUAGUUCAUGGGUUAAAGUUAGCGAAAACCAAAAAGACAUCUUGCAUGAGAGGCACCAUUGACCCUUUCUACAAUGAGUCCUUUAGCUUCAAGGUCCCACAAGAAGAGCUGGAGAGUGCCAGCCUGGUAUUUACAGUUUAUGGACACAACAUGAAAAGCAGCAAUGACUUCGUUGGAAGGAUUGUGAUUGGUCAGUAUUCAUCCGGCUCCCCUGAAUCAAACCAUUGGCGACGAAUGUUGAAUUCCCAUAGGACAGCAAUGGAGCAGUGGCACAGCCUGAGAUCCCGGGCUGAGUGUGACAGAGUCUCCCCAGCUUCACUAGAAGUGACGUGAGAGCCCCAGAAGAGGUGAUGUCACCACACUUACUUGCAAAGAAUAAUGGAAUUGGAAUCAACUAUUUCAGCUGCUCCGGAUUAAUGGAAGCAUUUAGCCUAUGUGCCUCAGUUAAUAUUCAUGAUGCAAAUCACAUGUUCAGUGUUGGUCUAAUCAGCUUUGUUCAGGCAAUGUUUCAAGAUAUGCGGAUUAUUGUUAUAACUGUCACAGCAUUGCACACUCAUUUGACUUUUCAUUCCAUCCACUAUAGAAAACAUUGAUCUGGAGCUGCUUAAGAAUUCUAAAAGCUGAUUUACAUGUUAGUCCAUGCAAAUUAUCCUUUUCCAUUUUGAGGGAGGCAUAGAUAUCUGUGAUCUAACUUGUGAAUGUGGAAAAACAUUGAAAAGUAAAAAAAAAAAAUCAAAAAUAUGUGGCCCCUAUCUGAAAUGCAGUUUUGUCCUUAUACAUGUUAAACACUAUACCUGUUGAUGUAUGUGUGUGAGUAUGUAUAAACAUAAUCUAUAUUUAUAUAUUUGUUUCUAAAGUACAAAACUACAAAUCCAUAUCUAUACAUAUUGAUUUAAAGGUAUAGUAAUAUAUACA